AUGAAAAAAGAUUCCAAAUCUUCUUCUUUGGGAUGGAAAACAAAAGGUCAUAUUCCUAUAAUGUUAACUCCACAUGAUGAUUGUAAAAUUAUCAAAGAAGCAAAAUUUUGUAAAGGAAUGAUGUUGGGUUAUAGAUUAUUUCCGUAUGCCAAAAAAUUAUCUGAAGAUAUUUAUCAAUUACCGAAUAUUCAUACUCAUUCUUGUGGUGAAUUAACUUAUGAAGGUGGAAAUGAAAAAAGUGUAGAAGGAAAUGGAAAUGGUACGCAAAAAGUAAAAUUUAGAGAUGGAAAUGGUACGCAGAAAGUAAAAUUUAUAGAUGGAAAUGGUAAUGAGGAAAUUUAUUUGGAAAAUGAUGAUGAUGAUUUAAUUUAUAAUAGACAUAAUUAUAACGAUGGUUAUAAUGAAUAUAUCAAUAAUUCUAAUCAAAAUAUUAAUGAUGAUUUUGAUAAUAUAUCACAAUACUCAUUAUCUGAUAAUGAAGACGUACCACAAACGCCAGGAAGCGUAUCAUAUCCGAUAAAUUUAAUAAAUCAUAAUAGAAAUGAUGACGAAAUUUUGGAAUCUCCUAGUUCAAAUCCUACAACUUGUAAUGAAAUUGAAUUCAUUUAUUUAACAACUCCAAAAGAAUCUCUAUUGGAAUUGAUGGAUUCUUUGGAUCGUCUUGCUGACAAUGAAAUCCGAAGUGGUUCAUCACCUGGUUUUGGAAUUGACAAUACUUUAAAAGGUGUAUUUUAUAAAAUUAUAAAGGUAGAAGAUAAAGUUGGAUUUGAGUACAAACGCCGAUCUACUGUUGAGUAA